CCCUUAAAAACUCCCACCAACGUCUCUUUCUCUCUCCCCUCGUCUCUCUUUACUCUCCUAUUUGGUCUCUUUCCAUCCUCUUCUUCCUCUCCAUUUCUGGUUCAGAUAGAUCUCUUCCUUCCUUUUCCCACUGCCGACUGGAAACAGCAGCAGAUGGAGCCAGCCAACAUCGACUGGAAGACCAUCGAAUCCAAGUGCGUGAGGGAUGACAUCUACGAGCACAUCAAUGCUCCAAAAUGGAUGGAUCUCGCCAACCUCGACGCUUCUCCGGUCGAUGACGAAGCCUGGUUCUGCCGCCCCGAUUGCAGACAUCCAAAGACUGUAGAAGAUUUCCAGAGAUGGACUCCUAGUCCCAAGGUGAAACACGCGAGAUCGAGCUCGGAAAUGCUGCCGCUGGGAGAGCGGAAUGGCAAUCAGAGAGAGGCAAAUAACUUGAAAAGGAGAGGGAUCGCGGCAUUCUUCCCUUCGUCUCCUCUCCGCGAGCCAUCAAAACCCAAAGCAGCUGCUCCCAAGAAGUUUAGAGAUGAUGCUGAGAACCAGAACCCCAAUCUUUCGACGACUCCUACUAGCAGGCAAUUUGGUGCUCCCAAAGGGGGCAAGACUACCAAGGAGAUGAUCAAGUCAAGCGCAGAAAAGAAGGUGGAGGAGGAGAGGGAGGAGUGGCAGCAGCAGAAGAAGCCUCAGCCGCGGCUCAAGAGUACGCUCUCCGCAAGGAAUCUAUUCUCCGGGAAGGACAUCUUGAGCCAGCUCUCGGAGUUCUGCCAAGAACUCAAGAAGCUGGCUGCCAGAAGUGAGAGACCUGUUGCCCAAGAAGAGGCUGAUGAGGAGGUGAAGAAGGUUUCAAAAGCAGCUCCCGAGGAGGAGGCGGAGAAGAGGGAGCGGGGGAAGACCGAUCGGGAUCUGAAUUCCAAGAACAAUGAUGUAUCAGAGAAAAAGAGUGGCAAAAGGCCAAUGAGGAUUGAGGUAGAAAAGCACAAAUAUAAGAAGGGUCUUGAAGAGAACUCAUCUGUGCUAAGCGAGGUAAGAGCUUGUCCUCCCACGCCUCAGCGCAUUCCUUCCCCUUCAAGUCGGCGCCUCAGGAUCCCCAAGGCCACCACAACAACCAGCUCUCCUCUCAAUAAGCCUCCUAGAUCUACACCUCCGAGGGGAAUACUUCGGGAGUUGGAGAAGAGUAGAGAGGAGAAAAGAGAAUUGGCUGCAAACAGUGAAGACAGCAACAGCGCUUCUGUUGCUUCUGAUAAUGAAAGAAGUUCAAUGAAUAUGUUUUGGUUCUUGAAGCCUUGUACUUACCUGGUAAAGUAGGUUACAGGUUUUAGACAUACUGCCAAGUCACUGAUCUUUAUUUUGUUUAAUUCUUAUUUGAUUCAUUUGUUUAAAGGAUGAGAUGAAUUGUAUCCAUCUGUUGAGAAAAUAAGCAUGCGUAAGUAUACUUGGAUGUGUUUCAUGUUUUGUUUUAUACAUAAAUAUUUUUUCAGUCACAUCUA